AGUGAUGACAGACCAGUUAUCUAGGGCUGUAAUCAGUGAUCCAGAACAAAAUUCAACCACUGAGAAACAAGAAAGUGCUCAUAUCCUCCCAGAUUCAAAGUUAGCACCACUUCGAUUUAGGAAAAGAACACUACAUGAAACAAACUCUGGAUAUCAGAAGCCUAAAAUCAAGGUGUCGUCAGGGCUAUGUUUCUUCCAGAACUUUUCUUGGCUUUUGCAGCUUCUAGAGGUUGUCUUCAUUCCUUGGCUCCUGGCCCCUUCCUCUAUCUUCAAAGUCAGAAAUGGCUGGUCAAGACUUUCUCAUGGCACAUCGCUCUGACACUCUUCUGUAGCUACAUGUCCCUCUGCUUUCCUCUAAUACAGAUGUGUGAUUGCCUGAACCUACCUGAGUAAUCCUGGUAAUCUCUUCAUCUUAAAAUCCUUAACUUAAGAUAUGUCACAACCCUGUUAUCAUUUAAGGUAACAUAGUCACAUGUUCCAAGCCCUAGGAUGAAGACAUUUUGGGGGUGGUGGGGGCCA